AUGGACCUGUGGAUGCACUGGACGAGAUCCUCCAGCCAAGAAGUCACGAGGCAUAUCCUGCCAGAAUCAGAAUACUUGAGACGGGCGCUGAUCCUCCACAGCUCGAGUGCAAGUUCGCAAGUCAACUACUCCGUAGAGGUUUUUAGGAUCUUCCCCAGAGUAAAGGCUGACCAAGGACUAACCAACUACUCCGUAUGCUCCUUUCAGGAAGUCUUCGAAAAAAAAAGCAACCAUGCUCCCCACACUCCACCAUUCCUCCUUUUGUCGCACCUAGUCAUGCACUCCGCAUCUUACCCCCCAUAUAGACUAUACUCCAUCCUGGAGAGCCUAUCAGUAUUGCCGCAUCGCGAUAGUCACGCGAAAUGCAAUGCUGCACGGAGAAAAGUCUGGAGUAAGUCUGGAAGUAACUCCGUCCAGUUAACAGGACUGGACUGGCCGCCGCCCUGUGCUGUGUGA